GCUCGUUCCGCCCGCCGCGGAUCCAUGGUGGACGGCAGGCUCUGCUGCGGCGGCCUGGGCUUGAGGCGCUCGUCCCUGCCCGCGCUUGCCCUGCGCUUUAAACUUUCUCGGAAAUGGCCCGACCGCGCGGGACGUGGCAGGCGCGGGCCGAGGCUACCGAGGCCUCGCAGGACCACCCCGAGAGCUACCAGAACCGCCAGGAGAACGAGCUGCAAGUGCUGGAAUCCAUCUACGGGCGGGACUUCCAAGACUUGAGUCUCCGCCAGCCUUGGAAGGUACGGUGUUCUACAGAAAUCAAUCUAGUUUUGCGACCUCAGGGCUUAGCCGGUGACCAUGAAGUCUAUGCUAAAGUUGACCUGCGAGUCAGAUGUCCACAAACCUAUCCUGAUAUCGUUCCAGAAAUUGAACUUAAAAAUGCAAAGGGUUUAUCAAAUGAAACCAUCAACUUGUUAAAAUCCAGGCUAGAGGAACUGGCAAAAGAGCGUUGCGGAGAGGUGAUGAUCUUCGAACUGGCAGAUUAUAUACAGUCAUUUCUCAAUGACUACAAUAAACCCCCUUCAAAAUCAUUCCAUGAAGAAAUGCUGAAGAAUCAACAAAAAGAACAGGAAAGGCUAGCCCAGGAAGAACAGCAGCGAAUUCAGGAUCUUAAGAGGAAAGAAGAGGAAAUGCAACGUGAAAUUCUUGAUGAGAUUCAGAAAAGAGAAGAAGAAAAGAAAGAAAGAAAAAGGAAAGAAAUGGCAAAGCAGGAACAUUUGGAAAAUGCCGCCUUGACAAACCAGGACAUCUGUACCAGUAGAGAAGCUGCAGGGAACAAAAACACUGCCAGUUUAAAUGGAGGUGCAACAGAACAUGCGGGGAACAAUAAACAUCGUGCACAUUCUACAGGGCGUUCGAAGAGAGAGCGGCAAUAUUCUAUGUGCAGUAGUGAUGAUUCUCCAGGAUCUUCUGAAGUUCUUCAUUUCAACACGAGUGGCAGUGGUCAGCUUAAAGUACACAAAGGAAAGUGCAUAGAAAAAGAUGAACAGCUUGGUAAAUCAGUCUACAAUGCUUUGGAGCUGUGCACUGGCAACUUUGUCUUUGUGCAUGAAUGGGUACUUAAGUGGCAAAAGAAAAUGGGAAAAUUUCUCACAAGUCAGGAAAAGGAAAAAGUUGAGAAAUGCAAAAAACAGAUUCAGGGAGCAGAAACUGAAUUCAGCUCUCUCGUGAAGUUAAAUCAUCCCAACAUAGUCCGUUACCUAUCUAUGAACUUUAAAGAGCACAGUGAUUCGAUCGUAGUAGACAUUUUGGUGGAGCACAUUAGUGGAUCCAGCCUCUCCAUGUAUUUGGAUAAAGAGAUUCCUCUUCCUGUGGAUCAGCUGCGUCAUUACACAACCCAGCUUUUAUCAGCCCUUGAAUACUUGCAUAGUAAUUCAGUGGUUCACAAGGUUUUGAGUGCUUCCAGCAUUCUGGUGGAUACUGAAGGAAAUAUCAAGGUGACAGACUACAGUAUUUCCAAACGCUUGGCAGAUAUCUGUAAAGAGGAUGUAUUUGAGCAAACCAGGGUUCGAUUUAGCAAUGAUGCUUUGCCAAACAAACCAGGGAAGAAAGGCGAUGUAUGGUGCUUGGGCUUGUUGCUGUUGGCUCUCAGCCAGGGGCAUAUCACUAAGGAAUAUCCAGUCACAAUUCCAAGCGAUUUGGCUGCUGAUUUUCAAGACUUUUUGAAAAAGUGUGUUUGCCUGGAAGAUAAAGAACGAUGGAGCCCUCAACAGUUGUUACACCAUGAUUUUCUAAACCCACCGCAAUUGAAAAUACCUGUAAUAGAAGAGAGCCCAUAUGAUUCAGCAGGAAUAGAUGAUCUUGAAACUGUUAUUCCUAGUAGUCAGCUUGCAAGUGAUAUAUUCUUCACGGAGACACAGAGGCAAUUUUCCCGUUAUUACACUGAGUUUGAAGAGUUACAACUACUUGGUAAAGGAGCCUUUGGAGCAGUCAUUAAGGUCCAGAACAAGCUGGAUGGCUGCUGCUAUGCAGUAAAGCGCAUUCACAUAAAUCCCUCAAGCAAGCAGUUUCGAAGAAUUAAAGGGGAAGUGACGUUGCUGUCACGUCUGAACCAUGAGAACAUUGUACGGUAUUACAAUGCAUGGAUAGAGAAACAUGAAAGGCCUUUGCGUAAUGAUCUGGCAUCAGAAACCACCGAAGAGAAAAAAGCAUCUGAGAAACUGGCUCUGAAUGGGAAAACUGAAGAGGAAUCCAUGGAUGACAUAGAAGCAAAUGCCCCUCCUCCCGUUCUGACCAGUUCAGUGGAGUGGAGCACUUCAUGUGAGAGAUCAUCAAGUGCCAGGUUCAGUGCAGCUGAUCAAGAAUCCAGCGAUGAUGAUGACGACGAUGAUGGCGGAGGAGUAUUUUCACAGUCAUUCUUGCCAGCAGCAGACUCUGAAAGUGAUAUAAUUUUUGAUCAUGAAGAAGACAACAGUAAAAAUGCUGUGGUGGAUGAAGACGGCAAGGAAAAGGACAGUCCUAGUGAAGAGGAUGGAAUGUCGAUGAUUCAGACUGUGCACCAUCUGUACAUUCAGAUGGAAUAUUGUGAAAGAAGCACCUUACGAGAUACCAUUGACCAAGGCCUUUAUGAAGAUACCAGCCGCCUUUGGAGGCUUUUCCGGGAAAUUUUGGAUGGCUUAGCCUAUAUCCAUGAAAAGGGGAUGAUUCAUCGAGAUCUGAAACCUGUAAACAUUUUUUUAGAUUCUGGAGAUCAUGUAAAAAUUGGUGACUUUGGUUUGGCCACGGAUCACCCAGCAUAUGCAACAGACACUAAACGAGGAGGAAUUUCAGAUGAUUGUUUGGCUAAAAGUGAUCCUUCAGGUAGCUUAACAGGAAUGGUUGGCACUGCUCUUUAUGUGAGUCCAGAAGUGCAAGGAAAUACGAAAUCUACCUAUAAUCAGAAAGUGGACCUCUACAGUUUGGGUAUAAUGUUCUUUGAGAUGUCCUACCAUCCAUUAACUACUGCAUCGGAAAGGAUCGUUGUUCUCAGUCAGUUACGGCAUCCUUCUAUUGAAUUUCCAAAAGACUUCGAUGAAAUGAAAAAUGCAAAGCAGAAAUUAGUUAUCACCUGGCUGUUGAAUCAUGAUCCUUCGAAGCGACCAACUGCUAUGGAGCUUUUAAAAAGUGAACAUAUGCCACCUCCUCAGAUGGAGGAGUCUGAACUUCAUGAAGUACUUCAUCAUACUUUAGCCAAUGUGGAUGGAAAAGCUUACCGGACAAUGAUGGGUCAGAUAUUCUCACAACGCAUCUCUCCUGCAAUAGAUUACACCUAUGACAGUGAUAUCCUCAAGGGUAACUUUUCAGUUCGGGCAGCCAAGAUUCAACAGCAUGUAUGUGAGACAGUUAGCCGAAUCUUUAAAAGACAUGGAGCUAUCAAGUUGCACACCCCUCUGCUACUGCCUAGGAAUAGAAAACUGUAUGAAUACAGUGAAGCGUCAUAUUUGAUGGACCACAGUGGAAUGCUAGUGAUGCUUCCUUAUGAUCUUAGGAUUCCUUUUGCAAGAUUUGUAGCUAGAAAUAAUAUAACAAACCUGAAAAGAUAUUGCAUUGAGCGGGUUUUCAGGCCUCGAAAAUUGGAUCGCUGUCACCCACGAGAACUCUUAGAAUGUGCAUUUGAUAUCAUCACCCCUGCUGGCAACAGUUUUUUACCCAUUGCAGAAACAAUCUACACUAUUUCUGAAAUAAUCCAGGAGUUUCCUGUGCUGCAGGAAAGAAAUUACAGCAUCUUCUUGAAUCACACAGCUUUACUGAAAGCUAUCCUCCUGCAUUGUGGAAUACCUGAAGAUAAACUCAAUCAAGUUUACGCCAUUCUGUAUGAGGCUGUGACUGAAAAACUAACUAAAAGGGAAGUGGAAGCCAAGUUUUACAAUAUUUCUCUGUCAUCAAACAGUCUUGUACGACUCUACAGAUUUAUUGAGCAGAAAGGAGAGUUGCAAGAUCUAACCCCUUUGUUAAACACAAUGUUAAAGCAAAAGACAGGGGUCACCUCAAUGGUGAAACUGGGCAUGAAGGAAUUAGAAGAAACAAUGGGUCUGUUAAAGAAACUUGGCAUAAAAUCUCAGGUUUCCAUAAAUUUGGGGCUGGUAUAUAAAAUACAGCAGCACAAUGGAAUUAUAUUCCAAUUUAUUGCAUAUAUAAAACGCAGACAGAGAAUAGUUACUGACAUUCUCGCUGCUGGGGGUAGAUACGAUCAUCUGAUCCCACAAUUCAGAGGUCCACAAGCAGUUGGUCCAGUUCCUUCAGCAGUUGGAGUCAGCAUAGCUAUAGACAGAAUAAGUUCAGCAGUUUUGAAUUUGGAAGAGCCAGUUACAUUGAGCACUUGUGACCUGUUAGUUGUUAGUGUGGGCCAGAUGUCAAUGACCAGAGCAAUCAAUGUUGUUCAGAAACUUUGGGCUGCAGGAAUUGCUGCUGAAAUCAUGUAUGACUGGUCCCAGUCUCAGGAAGAAUUACAGGAAUACUGCAGGUGUUCUGGAAUCACCUAUGUAGCCCUCAUCUCCGAUAAAGAAGGAAAUCAUGUAAAGGUUAAAUCAUUUGAGAAGGAAAGGCAAACAGAAAAAAGAGUUUUGGAGUCUGAUCUGGUGGAGCAUUUAGCUCAGAAACUAAGGACCAAAUUCUGUGAUGAAAGAAGUAACAGAGAAACAUCUGAUAAUCUGCCAGCACAAAAUCUAAAAGGAUCAUUUUCUAGCACUUCAGGUUUGUUUGAAUCACAUGGGACUGUAGCAAUACCAAAUGUCUCCAUUGUUCCACCUGAGAAGUUAUCUGCAAGUACCAGGCGGCGGUAUGAAAGCCAGGUGCAAACUAAACUCCAAACCUGCAUUGCCACUCUGCAACUGAAGACAAGUGAAGUUGAAAUUUUAGCAGUAGAUCUGCCCAAAGAAACUAUCAUACACUUUUUAUCAUUAGAGUGUGAUGCAGACGAGCAAACGUUCUAUACAACUGUGAAACAACUGAUGUCACGAUUGCCAAAGCAAAGAUACCUUAAAUUGGUUUGUGAUGAAAUCUACAAUAUCAAAAUUGAAAAAAGAGUGCCUGUGCUUGUCCUCUACAGUUACAGAGAUGACUAUUACAAAAUCAUAUUUUAAUUAUGAACAUUUAAAGAGAUUACUGUGGCAGUAGCAAAGGACUGCCUGGAACCAAAUAUGUGCUUCCAGCUCCAAUACUGUGAAUUAACAUUUGCCUGCUCUUGUUCCUGAGAGAAAUUCCAAUGGCUGGGGCCAAAUGCAAGACUGGAACGGUGUUCAGGGUAUAGCCUCUGUGCCUCACUUGCUCCAUGUCUAUUAUAUAUAGCUGUAAACUUUUCAGAAUAUAUUGUACAAUGACUUUUUAAAAAUA